GGGUUUUCCAAUCGUAUUCAAUUCCAACAAGCUUCGUGAAUAUUUCAAAUUCGUUAAAAAAAGGAACACACUUUUAAUUAAAUCCACGUUAAAAAUGAAAUACGUUUAUUUAAUUCUUUUUACAUGUCACUUAUCUGAAAUGGUUCAAAUAAAUUACAUUCGUGUACCUCAUGCCUUAAAGAACAAUUCAGGUAAAUCGGCAAUUUUAGAUUGUAAUUAUUCAGUACGUCCGGAUGAUACCGAGUUGGUGGUGAAAUGGUUUUUAAAUAAUGAAUUGGUUUACCAAUGGGUUCCACCGCAAAAACCCCAGAGUCUCGGAGUUUUAAAAAAUCGCGUCGAUUUAAGUUAUCGAGCUAGUGCCGAUCCGAAAGCCGUAUUUCGGGCUUUAAAAAUUUCAAAUCCAACCACCGAAAUCGCCGGGGUAUAUAAAUGUUUUGUAUCGACGUUCGCCGAUGAAGAUUUUAGUGUGAAAACUAUGAUUAUUUUUGUUCCCGAAAAAUCUUUGCAUCUUCAUCGAAGUCCGAACAUAAACGGAAAAGUGAAUUUCACCUGUUUGGCUGAAGAAGUGUAUCCUCAAGCGCAUUUAAUAUUGUUUAUGGAUAAAAUGACGAAUAAUGGAAUGAAUAAUUUGGAACCCGUUGAGUGGAGCACGAAAAAACAUGCGGACGGAAAGUUUUCUUUGCAACAAACUUCAACGAUUCAAGUUAAUAAAUUGGAAUUUGGGUCAUUGGUGUUUUGUGAGAUGAGAAUUCCCGGAACUGGAUACAUUAAACGACAAACUUUGCUUUAUUAUCCGGAAUGUACAAAGCAAAAAUCUCCAAAAUGUUAGUUUAGCUGAUUAUUAGACGAAAAAUAAAUUGAUUGGAGAAAUUUUGUUAAGUUUUGACAUCAAUUGGAUUUUACAGAGUAUGGUAUAAAACCUGGAAGCUAAUUUCCUUCCAAUGCUUGCAGGUGAAUAUUUGUGUGUUGAAUCAUAAUAACCAGGAAAUCGUUUGAAAAAAGUAUUUGCAAAUACUAAGUUAAAUAUUACUUCUUUUGAGUACCAAGAAGAUGUUUUAUGACGUUUCGCUUUCUUAUUUUUCUACUUAUACUAUACGCUGAAAAUGAUGAAACAGGGUUGCAUUCUUAUCUUCAUAUUUUUUCUUGCUAUAUCUGGGAGACUUUUCUCGUUUGAGGAAAUAGUCCUCAUUAUUUUUUCUAUAAAUUGUAUAUCAUUGAAUAGUACGGCAAUUUAUCUAGAAGUAGCCGACUGUUAACAUUAUCGAAAAUCAUGAAGAGACCAAUUCUGCUUUUUGACAACUCUCAUUGCAAACAGUUCAUAGUUCUAUAGUAACUCUUGGGAAACUCCAUCUUUGUUGAAUAUGUCAUACUUAGAAGUUUUUGUGAUAAAACUAUAAAUAUGUUCUGAUUUUCCAAAGCUGUCACAAUUAAUCAUCUGGAAGCAUUCGAGAUGUAGUCACAUAGAAGAAUGCUCCGAAUACCCUGAUGCAGACGAACGAAGCUGUGUUUAACAGAGCAAGUGCCGUUUUAGGGCAUAUUCUUAGAAGAGACAGAUACAAAAUCCUUAGUCUUAUAAUGAAAGGUAAAAUCGAGGUUCGCAGAGAAAUUGAAAGGAAGCAAAUGUCAUGGCUAAGGAAAAUUCGUGAUUUUGCUGAUUGCUGAGAUUAGCUGAUUGCUGUGAACAACUUUCCGUGUAAUUGCCAACGUUGGGAAGACAUGACAUACAUGAUGAUGGCACCGAAAGAAAAAGAAUUCUUUGUUUUAAUAAUAAUUUCAAGAGUACAGCUUACUGUUUCAAUUAGUAAUUAUCUAUGCAGGACUAUAAUUUGAUGAAAAAAAAAACAAAGAAAUAGAACAUAAAAAUGUAUUAACAUUGAGGUUGGUAUUAUAAUACCUCACUUGCCGUGAAUUGUCACAAAAAUUGAUCUAUCGGUUGCGGGUUUAGGUUUUAUUAUACUUGUAGGAAUCCUGCUUCUAUACAUUGUAUUUUUCGGUUGCCAUGAGUUGUAUUAACUGUUACGGUGUAAUAUUAUUAGAUGGUAAAUGAUAUUAGAGACAAUGAGAAAGUUCAAAAACCGAAAAACCUCAAAUCAAGACAACAUACCAAACGAACUGAUAAAAUACGGAGGAACAAAAAUCCAAAAGAAUGUAAAAAGAACGUACUAUCGAGGGGUAACGUUACUAAACUCCUCUCUAAAACUUCUAAUUAAAAUCAUUACGGACAAGAUAGCCUCAAUAAUGUCACAGUUCAUACUUACACUACUGGUAAGAAAAUCUAUAAAGUAUAGCACCCCUGCUUACUUCUGCUUUGUGGAUUUAUGAUUUAACGAAGGCUUUCGAUAGAGUGCAACUGAAAAAUGUUACCAUGAUUCUGCUAAACAAUAAUAUGUCGAAAGAAUACUUAUUAAAGACCUAAACAUAAACACAAUAACGCAAAUAGCAAGACAUUUCACGCUAACACAGUAUCUCCGAACUACCAUAGGUCAAGGUGACAGUCUCAGCUUUUUGUUGUUUAACACAAUGAUGGAUGAAUUGAUAAUGGUGGUAAAAAACACAGGAAUAAACAUGUUAUGUGAUGCAGACGACGCAGUAUUUAUUGCGGAAUUAGAAGAUAACGUUCAAAAUAUGUCACAGUCUUUAAUAAACCAGCAGGAAAACUUGACAUAAAAAGUUUUAUAGACAAGAGCAAAUGCAUAACCAUUUCAAAACCGCUGCGCUGUAAAUUGGUUAUAGAAAAAAAACAUCAUCGAAUAUUUCUGGAAGAUGAAGUGAGGAAACAAGUCAACAAAGCUGCCGCAAUAUCAGAACACCACAGAUACCCAAUCUGGAAAAACAAGCACCUAAGUACAAGUUGUAAGUCGAGAAUAUACAAAACAUGUGUACGACCAAUGAUGAUAUAUGGUGCGCAAGCAAGAACUGAAACAUCAGUAACAAAGACGAUUCUGAGAACACUUUAACCGAUAACCAAAAAAUACAGCCAUGAGAGAAAAGUGUAAAACAGAUGGCGUAGUAAGAUGGAUAAGGAGAAGAAGAAACAAUCAGAUGGGUCCUGACAGAAUAGCCAAGAUUGUGCGAAACACAUCACACGGAAGAGGACCUAUAGGACGACCACCUAAACAAUGGCGAGACAUGUUGGCAAUCAACAUCACAAGAAGUGCCUUCUAAAAGAAGAAGAAGAUAAAUGAUAAUUUUAUACUCAUUUAACAUAAUCGUCGUGUCGAGAAAAACCAUCCAAGUGCCAUGAACAUUUUAUUAUCGCCAUCUUUUUUACCUUACUAUUUUAUUGUUACUUUUUUAAUAACGCAUUUUACUGGAUUUUCUUGUUUUUUCGUUUAUUAUCAAAUAACAAAAUAAGAUGACAAGGCAUAAAAAAGACUCGGUGAUCAACGAUUUAUGUCGAUUGAUAAAAUUGAUUGCUGAAAUAACAUUUUAGUAUUGAAGAAAAAAC